AUGGCAUCCUCGUUUCUCUACAUCCCAAUCAUGCUGAGCAUUAGGAAAUUCUCCUAUCUUCCCUCAUCUCAGGAUAACAAACCACAGAAGUUUAUUCUCUGGCAGACAGUCAUCAUCCUGAUAUUCAAAUUUAGCUUUUUCCCAAGUGUCGUUCACCUGUCCAUCAUUGAAACCCCUUUAUGGGCUAUCAUAUUCACUCUAGUUUGUGCUGAUAUUGUCUUAAUUCCUCUCAUUAUUCAAGUCUCUUAUUUGGGAUGCAACAAACGGAAUGUGAACACUUUGAUAUCAUCUUUUACUUUGAUCAAAUUCAUUCGUGUUCUGUCAGAUCGAAAACGACAGGCGACAGUUCAACCGGGUGUUGAAUUCACAUUUGCUAGUAGCCAAGCUUUCAUAUGA